AUGGCCCCCACAAGGCCCGACAAGAAGAAGGCCAACGCCAGAGCCAAGAAGGCCAGGAGGACCACCGCCGCCGCCGCCGCCGCCGCCACAAGCCCCCGCCAGCUCCUAGCUGAGGCGACGGCCCGCCUCGAGCAGGGCGACGUCGGGGAGGCGGCGCGGCUGGCGGAGGAGGCGUGCGAGCGCAGCACGGGGGCCGGGCGCGGGGCGGCGCUGACGCUCCUCGGGGAGAUACGCGUCGAGGCCGGCGAGAUGGCCGAGGCGAGGGCGUGCUUCCUCCGGGCGGUCGAGGCGGCGGGCGGCGAGGAGGGGGACGACGACGACGGGCACGGGGAUGACGAGGGAGGGGCGGAGAAGUUUCUCUGGUUGGCACAGCUCUGCGAGGAGGGGGGUCGGGAGAGCGUUACGUGGUUUGAGCGCGGGGCUGCGGUGCUGAGGAGGCAGAUUGGGAGGUUGGGGGAGGAGGUUGAGAGGGCGGUGAAGAGGGCGGGGGCAGUAUCGUCGUCGGCGCCUUCGUCAUCAGCAGCCGCAGCCGCAGCCGCACCAUCAUCAUCAACACCAACAAUAACAACAGCACCGUCACCGGCGGCACAUGCAGCACAGACGGCGCUGGACGAGAAGAAGCGCAAGCUGGCCGAGACGCUGUGCGCGGUGGCCGAGGUGUACAUGACGGACCUGUCGUGGGAGGCGGACGCGGAGGGGCGCUGCGAAGCCCUCGUGACCGAGGCGGGCCUGCUGGCACCCGACCACGCCGGUGCGUGGCAGACGCUGGCCAACGUGCGCAUCUCACAGGGCCGCGCCGCCGACGCGCGCGCCGCCCUCGAGAGGAGCAUGGAGCUGUGGGAGGGGCUGGCGCCAGAGGACUCAUCCGUGCCCGCGUUUCCUGCUCGGAUCGGCCUCGCCAGACUCCUCAUCGAGGUCGACAUGGAGGAGAGGGCCGUCGAGGUCGUCGAGAGGCUCGUCUCUGAGGAUGACGAGAGCGUCGAGGCGUGGUACCUAGGAGGGUAUGGCCUGUUUGCCCUCGGCGAGAAGCUAAAGGAGAACGCGGAAGGGGAUGUCAAGGGCCAAGACGACUCGGCGGACGACUGGAAAGCGGUAUGGAGGUCGGCGAGGCGGUGGCUUGCACAGUGUCUGCUGCUCUUCCAGGCACAGGAGUACGAGGACCAGAGGCUGGGCGAGCACGCGCAGGAUCUUCUCGAGACGAUCAAAGGGGAAAUCGGCGAUGCAGUUGAGGGGGAGGAUGAAGAAGAUGAUGGUUGGGAAGACACUGAUGGAGGCGAGGAUGCCGACGAGGAUGCCGACGAGGAUGGGGACGAGGAGAUGAAGUAG